AUGCGUACCUCGCAAAUUCUCGCCCUUGUGGCGGCCCUUCCUUCCACUCUCGCGGCUUACAAAGGCUUCAACUAUGGCUCAACAGGACGAGACCAAGCAGCUUUUGAGGGCGAAUUCAACUCGGCAAAGAACCUUGCUGGUUCUAGUUAUACAUCUGCCCGUCUGUACACUAUGAUUCAAGAUGGAACUACAAACACUCCCAUUUCCGCCAUCCCUGCCGCCAUCAGCACUGGUACCUCCCUCUUGCUCGGUCUGUGGGCUUCGGCUGGUGAUGAUCAAUUCGCCAAUGAGCUUGCUGCUUUGAAUGCUGCCAUUUCUCAAUACGGCUCCGCUUUCACCGAUUUGAUUGCUGGUAUCAGCGUUGGAUCCGAAGAUGUCUACCGCAUUACCCCUAUCGGGGUCGCGAGCAAUGCAGGCGUCGGUGUCGGCCCGGACGUUAUCAUUAACUACAUGGGACAAGUUCGAUCCGCUAUCGCCGGCACUCCGGCAGCCGGCAAGCCUGUCGGUCACGUAGACACCUACAAUGUUUGGACGAACUCCAGCCAGAAUAAUCUGAUCGCUGCUUGCGACUUCAUCGGGAUGGACGCAUAUCCUUAUUACGAAACCACUAAAGCGAACUCCAUUGGCAACGCAAAUGCCACUUUCUGGGACGACUACGAUGUCACCGUUGCCGCCAGUCAAGGCAGGCCUGUAUGGAUCACCGAGACCGGUUGGCCAGUUUCCGGCCCAACUAUGAAUGAAGCCGUGGCCUCGGUUGACAAUGCAAAGACCUACUACGACGACGUUGCUUGCCAUGCUUUUGCCAGUGGAGUCAAUACCUGGUGGUACAUUCUUCAAGACACCGGUGCCGAUCCUAGCUUUGGUCUUGUUGGCCCUGGCACUCCUCCUCCAACCACUCCAAUCUACAGCUUAUCCUGCUAG